GUUAUCAAUUGCAAGGGGAAAACGCCGGCACCUUGAUGCUAAUUGGCUUCCAAGUUCCCUUAUAGGAACCUCUAAAUCAUUUGAGACCAAUUUAAAGGUCUCAGGGGAUGCACUGUGUCCCUCCGACAGGUAAUCUGGAAGGUGUCCAGAACCUGGGCAGAAAUGAAACUUCACGGAAAACGGAGGUGGUAGGAACAGGGCAUAUGGUUAACUUUUAAACUAGCAAAACUGGGGACUUUAUGGGUGGACACCCUGUGAAGAUUCCCAGAUCUGAAAUUAAUGCUAAUAACAAUCCGCCACUUUUCUUUUUCCAGUUGAACACGGGCACUUCCCUGUAUUUUAUUAAUGAACAGACAUCUUGGUAACAUGUUUCAGUGAUAGACAUUUUGGUUCCUUGUAUUUAAAUAUGCAGUCACAAAUCCACCCAUUGGGGAAAAAUGCAAUAAGGGGGCUUUAGCGUGCACGUAAAUGCAGUUCCGAAUCUCCCAAGCUGAAGAGGACGUAUGAAGUAUCACUUAAAGAUAUUUAUUAUCGGUGUGUUGGGUGGCAACGGCUACACUGCGGGUGUGGUUAAUGAAGAUCGCAGGACCCUGGGUGGUUGGAGUCGCACAACACCGCCCUCCCCGCGGUCAGGCCACCAGGGACCAGACGCUCACAAGAUGGCGACCGCGCGUCUAUCUGCACGCGAGCACUACCCUGCCGAGGAACGUCACAUCACCAAGGCAACGACGCUCUUGCGUAAGGGUGCGGCCCGGGUGAAAGUUCAGGACUAGGUCUGCGAAUCUCUUGCCUGCUGCCGCGUCUGGGCCCAAGGCGAGGCCGGCGCGUGAGCGACUCCCACAGCUCCCCGCAAGGCAAGUGUUGGUCCAGGGAUGGAGAGAAUGGAGCGCGUCUCUUGUCCCGAUCCGCCCCGCCUGGCCGGCCGGAAGGGAAGCACCCAGAUGUGAGCGGAGGCCGAGGGGCGUGGCGAGCUGGGCGCCCGGCCCGCCCCCGAGCGCGCGCUUAAUUCCGCGCCUGGUGGCGCCAGCCGGAGUUGACGUUAGCCAUAGAAACGCGGAGAGUACCUGGGCACGAUCGAGGUGAGCUGGUUGCCCGGCCGCCACAGCUUCUCUGCCUCCACGCCCGGACCGCAGGCAGCCUCCUUGCCGGAGCGCCCAACCCGGGUUUACCUGCAAAAAUGCAGUUCCCGGGAUGCCUUCGUAUUGUCUCUUCCUCGGGUGGCUCGAGAGACUGCUGUGUUACAGAAAAGGAUGUGCUUUCAGAAUAACCCUGAGUGAGAAGGAUGAGUCCAGAUGUGCCUCUGCUGAAUGAUUACAAAAAGGACUUCUUUCUGAAGCGCUUUCUACGGACUGUUCUGGGAGGCCCACGGCUCAAAUUAGGCUUCUGUGCCCCUCCUUACAUCUAUGUUAAUCAAAUUAUCCUUUUUCUGAUGCCAUGCAUUUUGGGUGGAAUAGGAACUCUUUUGUACCAAUUAGGCAUCCUGGAAGAUUAUUACACAGCAGCACUCUCAGGUGGACUAAUGCUUUUCACUGCAUUUGUCAUCCAGUUCACAAGUUUAUAUGCCAGAAAUAAAUCAGUGACGGUAGAAAGAAUGCUAACCACAGAUAUCUUAGCAGAGGAAGAUGAGCAUGAAUUUACAAGUUGUGCUGGUGCUGAGACUGUCAAAUUUCUAAUUCCUGGCAAGAAAUAUGUAGCCAAUACGGUUUUUCAUUCUGUUCUUGCUGGUUUAGUGUGUGGUCUUGGAACAUGGUAUCUGCUCCCCAAGAGAAUAACCUUGCUGUAUGGCAGUGCAGGAGGCACUGCUGUACUGGUGUUUUUUGGAUGGAUGACGUUAUGUAUUGGAGAAUAUUCAUUAAUUGUAAACACGGCUAUAGAGACUGCAACUUUCCAAACCCAGGAUACUUAUGAAAUCACUCCUCUUAUGAGACCUCUGUAUAUUUUUUUCUUUGUUUUUGUAGAUCUUACACACAGGUUUACGGUAAAUAUACCAGCUCUAGAACAAAUGAAUCAGAUUUUACACAUCUUGUUUAUAUUUUUACCCUUUCUGUGGGCACUCGGGACUCUGCCCCCGCCUGAUGCACUUUUCUUAUGGGCAAUGGAGCAGGUUUUAGAGUUUGGCCUUGGAGGCUCAUCUGUGUCAACCCAUCCACGGUUAUUAAUAAUGUUCAUCGUUUCUGCUGGAACAGCUAUAACAUCGUAUUUCAUUCCCAGCACUAUUGGAGUGGUUCUUUUCAUGACUGGACUUGGGUUCUUACUGAGUCUUAACCUAAGUGAGAUGGGUUUUGUCUUCAAACACAGUGUGACCAGACACAGAGUUGGAACCAAAUCUAAGGCCUUACCCAGUGGUUCAGAAAAACAACUUACUUGGAAGGAAUGCCUUUUCUACAUCAUGAUAUUAGUCUUGGCUCUCCUAGAAAGUGCUUUGCUGCAUCACUUUGCUUGUUGCUCACAGAUUUCCAAAAACAGUCCCCAAGCUAUUGUUGGCUAUAUUUUGAUGGUAUUACUUACAACACUAUGGAUACUUAGAGAAAUUCAAAGUGUCUAUAUCUUUGGAAUUUUUCGAAAUCCUUUCUAUCCAAAGGAUGUGCAAACUAUGACGUUAUUCUUAGAGAAGCAAGCAAAGCUUGUGAAGAUUGGUGUUGUCAGACGGAUUUUGCUAAAUCUAGUGUCACCUUUUGCUAUGAUAGCAUUUCUUUCGUUGGACACGUCCUUACAAGGGCUGCACUCUGUGUCUGUCUCCAUUGGAUUCACAAGAGCUUUUAGAAUGGUAUGGCAGAAUACAGAAAAUGCUUUAUUGGAGAUAGCCAUUGUGUCAGCAGUGCACAUGCUGACCUCCAGUACAGAUGUCUGGUGGAACAGAAGCCUGGACACAGGAAUCAGACUCUUACUGGUUGGUAUUAUGCGUGAUCGUCUGAUUCAAUUCAUCUCUAAAUUACAAUUUGCUGUGACUGUACUUUUGGCAUCGUGGAUGGAGAAAAAACGUAGAAAAUCAACCACCACUUUAUGUAUACUCAACAUUGUCUUCUCUCCCUUCGUGUUGGUCUUCAUAGUUUUUUCUACACUACUCUCUUCUCCCUUAGUCCCCCUGUUCACCCUUCCUUUGUUCUUCGUGGGGUUUCCCAGACCUACUCAGAGUUGGCCAGGAGUGGUGGGCACCGCAGCCAGCGUGUGUGCAGAUACAGUCUACUACUACCAGAUGGUCCCAAGUUUGACGGCUGCACUGCGGUCUGCAAUGGUAGCUGGAAGUUUAGGUCUCCUCUUGCCUGGGUCUCAUUAUUUGGGCCGUUUUCAGGAUCGUUUAAUAUGGAUAAUGAUUCUAGAACGUGGCUAUACUUACUGCUGUAUUAACAUUAAGGGGUUAGAAUUGCAAGAGACAUCCUGUCAUACUGCUGAAGCUCGACGAGUUGAUGAAGUUUUUGAAGGUGCCUUCGAACAAGAAUACACAAGAAUAUGUUCUAUUAAUAAACACUUUGGAAAUGUCUUGACACCCUGUACUGUUUUGCCUGUAAAACUCUAUUCUGAUGCCAAGAAUGUCCUAUCUGGCAUAAUAGACUCUCAUGAUAACUUAAGAGAAUUUAAAGGUGACCUAGUUAAAGUACUUGUGUGGAUACUGGUUCAGUACUGCUCCAGAAGGUCCCACAUACAGGGGAAUGUUCACAAAACUGAAAAUGAAGGGAAAGCAUCUCUAAUAAUCCUGCCUGCUUUGAACACUUCACCACAAACCCAAUCCUCAGAUGACACAGAUAGUUUAAAAUCAGAAAUUUCAGAUGACUGGUCUGAUGAUAUUUUUGGUGAUGAGCCAACUACCAAAAAAGGAAAGGAAGAAAAAGAUCAGUUGAAAGUUUUGCAAAGUAUAAAUUUGCCUAUACCAGGAUCAGUAGAAUCACAGGGUAUUGAUGAUCAUUCUGUAGGCAAAGUUCCUGAAAAUAGUCUUUACAAAGCAGUUCUUUUGGGAUACCCUGCUAUUGACAAAGGAAAUCAAGAAGACAUGAUGUAUAUUCCUCUCAUGGAGUUCAGUUGUUCUCAUUCUCAUUUGUUACGCUUACCUGAAGAGUGGAUGUCUAACUGUUUGCCUAAUUCCAAAAUGAGGGAGAUGAGCUCAUUUUUUCCAGAAGAAUGGUAUCAAUUUGUCUUAAGGCAGCUGGAAUGUUUUCAUUUGGAAGAAAAUGUCCCAAAUGUACUGGAAGAAAUUGCAAAGGACAGAGUUUUAAAAGACAUUUAUGUUCAUGUAGUAAUGACUUGUUAUUUUAGUUUAUUUGGAGUAGAUAAUAUGGAUCCUAGUCCUGGUCGUAUACUGAGAGUUUACAAGGGUGUCUUGCCUUGGUCGGUUGCCUUGGAUUGGCUGGCGGAAAAGCCAGAACUGUUUCAGUUAGCACUGAAAGCUUUCAGGUAUACCCUGAAAUUAAUGAUUGAUAAAGCAAGUUUAGGUCCAAUAGAAGACUUUAAAGAACUGAUUCACUACCUUGAAGAAUAUGAAAGUGACUGGUACAUUGGUUUGGUAUCUGAUAAAAAAUGGAAGGAAGCCAUUUUACAAGAAAAACCAUGCUUAUUUUCUCUGGGGUAUGAUCCUUAUAUGGGAGUUUACACUGGGAGAGUACUUACCCUUCAAGAAUUAUUGGUCCAUGUUGGGAAGUUAAAUACUGAAGCUGUUAGAGGUCAGUGGGCCAAUCUUUCAUGGGAACUGCUUUAUGCCACAAACGAUGACGAGGAACGUUACAGUAUACAAGCAGAUCCACUACUUUUAAGAAACCUCACAGUACAAGCAGCUGAUCCUCCCCUGGGAUAUCCCAUUUAUUCUUCAAAACCUGUCCAUAUACAUUUAUAUUAGAGCUCAUUUUGACUUCUAAAUGUAUUGUCAUCAAAUGUCUAUUUUUUCAUUCUAGAAGAACAUUGUAAUGUCUCAUAACUUCCCUGAACUUCCUUCUCUCCUCCCUCAAGUCAGAUGACUCAGAAAAACUAAGCUCUAUAAAGUUGAUUCUCUUAGCUCUCUUAAUAGUUAAAAAACAACUUUAUGUCUAAUGUAAAAGAACUGUUGGUCAAUAUUUAUGCCCUAUGGAUUGUGGUAAGCUUUGGUAAAUAUAAAACAUUUGUAGAAGAUUAAAUUUUUUAAUGCUUUCUUGAAUGUGUGAUAGGUGACUUGCCUACAAAAGUCAAUAGCUAUGUACUUUUCCCAUACCAAAACGAUACACAUAUCAGUGUUUUGGAGUAAUGAUAAUGGAUGCCUUUGAUGGUUAAUGUAUAUAUAUUUAUUUGAAAUACAAUUAAAUUUUAUAGUAUUUUCAAACUGUGCUGUUUUAACAUGGUCUGAUUGUUUUUAUAUAAUUGUUCAUUUUUUUCACAUACUUUUAAUUCAAAAACCUCAAAAAAAUUUAAUAAAAUCUCUUCCAAUAAAAUAUUUUCUAUGUAUCUUUUGAUGUAUCUGAAAGGAAAGGGAUUUAUCCCAUUCAUCAUUCAACUCACAGGAUUAGCAACAUUAGAGUAAUCUGAGUAUGACUGCUAGAGACCAUUCUAUAGAUCUGGCUCCUUAUGCAUUUUUCAGAUGAAUUCACUGCUUCUGAAGACUUACCCAAUGGGAGUACCAGUUACUAGUGUCUUAAGGUAUCUGAACUAAAGGCAGAAACAAAGAAAAUUUUUCAUAAUGUUAUUAGGAUUUUAUUUUCAUUCUCUAGCUGCUUACCAACUUUUUACAGGUACUUACAAGGAGGAUGAACAAUGAGUGAAUCUGCAUCACUUGAGACAUGGAUUUCUUCUACCCCUUUAUUUACAAUUAAAUCUAUAGUAGCCUUCUAUGCUGGGAAUACAGUAAUACAUGCUUUUUAAAAAUAAUGGAAAUUAUUUGAAAUGUACUGGUAUGAGAUUUUUAUUAUUAUUCCAUUUAUUAUGUAGAACAGUUCAGUCCAACAAUGUUUAAAGGAUAACUUUUUGGACAUUUUCAAUUAAUGAGUUCAUGAGAUUUUACUGGCUGAACAAUUUUAUGUAUUUUUGUCAUCUAUGAACAUAUUCUCAUACUAAAAACACUUUUUGUAAUUAUUGGUUUUAAUGAGUGUGUAACAUUGAUAGAUGUAACAAACAAUGCACAUUUUAAGUUGUUUAAAGAUUUUUACUAUUAUCAUAAUUCUCUUUACCUUGCAUCCUCCUCAAACUGUUGCCAUGUCUAUUUUAUUCAUGGCCAAGUUUCCUCAUCUUUCAUCCACUUGUCAAACCAUUCCAGUCUGGGUUCCAU